AUGCACUUCAUCCGAACGUUCCAAUUGGAAGCCCGCAUUGUCACUACGGCUGGCAGUUGGCCACGCCCUCCCGUUCUUAAAGAAAAAGAGACGGGGAGGAAAAAAAUAGCUGGAUCAACAUCCGGGGCAGGCUCGGCCUGCGCGUUGCCUGGGGAGACGGCGCGAGGUAAAAGACCGAGGAGCGGGCGGGGGAGUGGAACGGAGGCGAGCAAAGCAUUCGAGCCUUCCCUCGCCUCCGCACGUCUUCGGCUCAUUCCGGAAAAUUUCGCGAAGGUUAGUUUUCCCGCCUUUUUUCCCUCCGGCGACGGACGGCGUUCGGUUGUUCGGCGCUGUUUUGUGUGGAGCGGCCGCAUUCCCGCCGGAGCAUGCGCAGUGCGUUCCCAGCCCGUGA